AUGUAUGAUUGGGACGAAUUGUGUAGUAAAGUUAUAGCAUUUCCUUUGGAGAGAUUGCCAAUGUAUGAAAAGUAUUGUGAAUUAUUCAAAUUGUUGAUUCCACGAAUUAUUAGAGAUUGGGAGCGUUUUGUAGAUUUGAAUGUUUCUCAUCCUGAAAAGGAAGUCUUUGUUGAAUAUAGUGGCUUCUUUUCACAUAACACUGUUUUCAGAAAUAUGUACGAUAAUCUUUCUCCUCAACACAAGCUUUGUUUCGUCUGUAAUCUUCUCAGCAAUUUCAUAUUGAGAAAGCAAUUAUCAGUUCAAUUUCAUGAAAUUGAGGGAGAAGUUAUUGAGGGAACAAGAUUAACCGAAACUCAGGACAAGAUGUGCACUAUUUUCACUCUCGUUUAUCUCAAAAAGAUUCUCAUGCAUCAAGUUGAUAAUGAAAUAAUUUUUUCUGGCUCGUAUGAAAUGAGAAAACGUUUGGAUCCAACUUUUGAUUCGUAUAGAGCUGCUUUUUCUCCUAAAGAACAUGAAAAAACAACUGCCAAUGCCAGUCAAUCACUUGCCAAAAAGAAGAUUUCAUCAAAGAAAGUAGAAAUGAUUCAAGAAGAAAUAGCCAAGCGUUCCAAAACUUAUGAGAAUAACUCCAAAGACAAAAUUGCAAUGGAAUUAUUCAAGCAUAAUCUUGUAAUAGUUCAGAAAGGCUGGGAAAUGAUCAAUGCAGAAUAUGAAGACAUUCCAGAACAAUUGGAAAGCACUUUAAUGAAAGGAACCAAAGAAAGGAGAUACGUGUUUAGAGAGAAAAUUGUUGAAAUAUACAAGGAGAAUUUUACACGAAUGCAAAGUAUCAAGUUGGCCUUUGAGUUUGGAACAACUUUGCACAAGAAUGAGAAUUUCCAAGAUUGGUUAAAUAUGAUCCAAUUUAUUUUUGUUGAUUCGUUAUUUGCACAAAUUCCAAAUCUUAUUGCUGAGAUGUGUCAAGAUGUACCAAUCAAUUCAAGAAUUCCAUGUUUCCCAGCUCAAGCUCAAUGGAUUAAGGAACAACAAGCUUACUUUGAAAAGAUUUGUUGCAUGACCUUUCCAAAACCUGUAAAAUUUGGUUUCUCUCCUGACACUUCAGAAGAAGAAAAACGUGACACUUUAGAGAAGCUUGAAAUAGCCAGAACAGAUAGAGGUCUCGUCGAUGUUUCCGUUCAACAAGUUAUUUAUGCAUUGUUCAAUACUAAGGGUGCUAUCUUGUUCAAGCCAAACUAUCCAAUUCUGUCUCAUCCUGCAAAGUGUCGUUUGAAAUUCGACUUUAAAUGUGCCAAUUGUGGAAAGAAAGCAAAUCAUUAUUGUGGUGGAUGCAAGAUUGAAAGAUAUUGUUCUGUAGAGUGUAUGAAAUCCAAUUGGAAAGUUCACAAACCAUUCUGUCAGGAGAUUGUCAAGACUGAAGAGAAGAGAUUGGAAUGCGCUAGAAAGGCAAAGAAAUCAGAUAAGGUUUAUAAUAUUUUCUAA